AUGAGACAGGAGGCAAGUCCAGGAUGUGAACCUUUGAGAGCCUUGCCGGGCGCUCGCGGUUGUGUGGCUUGGAUGAGACACGGAAUUCCCAUACAAAUUGUCAACGACUGGCCCGGUAGCGACGACAGAGGCGAUCGAAAAGUCCCCACGACCACCGUAUACAAUGCCGAUGGGAGUAUAUCAUCAUGGGGAUUCAUGUGUGCCGAUGAUGACCAUGACCCGAGCAAAACCCGUCGCGACUUCUUCAAGAUCUUUCUGGAUCCAGACACUCUUGAAGCAGCACAACAACAAGGUUUGACCAAUGUUCCUCGAAGCACUGAAGAGGCUCGCCAGUUCGUGACCGACUACUUGAAACAAGUAUACGCGCAUGUCAAGGACAGUAUAGAGAUACGUAUGGGUAUAAAACAUGUCGGUGGAUGGGGAACAAUGUCUGUACUGUUCCUCUUCAGUGCACCAACAACGUGGACAAGUAUGGCCAUCGUCAACGCCUUCAAAGGCGCAAUCCACGAUGCUGGGUUUGGCACUGAAGGGCCCAAGCAUUCAGCUCUGGUUGAUCUCACUGAAUCCGAGGCCGCAGCUGUCGCAACUCUAAAGACUGGAGCUGUGAACCUUCAGGAAAACAGCAUAUUUCUAACAGUCGACGCAGGUGGAGGUACAACUGAUCUCGCUUUGAUGCGAGUUGCCUCGACUGAUUCUAAUUUCCCACAGCUAUCCCAGGUUGCUGCUGUCAGCGGCCUUGGUGUUGGCUCAUCACUCAUAGAUCGCGCAUUUGCCAGGCUUGUCUCACAAAGAAUGGCCGCGAAUCCCGACUUCAGAUUACCUGCUGAUUUUGCGGCACGCAUGGCCCGAAGUCCGGGAUUCAAGAGUGUCAAACAUAAGUUCGGCGAGAAAGUGUACAUGCAGCAAGUGUACAAGAUCGUAAUGGAAGGUGUUGGGUAUGAUGUGGACCAUGAAGGCCUUGGGGUCCAAGGCGGACGCAUGCUAUUUACAAAACAAGAUAUUCAAGCGCUAUUUGAUGUGCACAUAGAAGGAAUUAUGGAGCGAAUAAAACAGCGACUCGACUGGCUCAACGACCACAAGCAUUCUGAACAAGUGGGAUACGUGAUCCUGUCAGGUGGGCUUGGUAGUUCGGCCUACGUACGUGAAGCACUCCAAGAACACUUGACCAGGCUGCACCAUCCGAACGCUCGCAAUAUUGUCGUUAUACCCUCACAGGAUCCACAGCUUGUUGUCGCUCGUGGUGUUCUCGAGAAUAAGCGCCAGCGAAUGGAGUCAGGUAAUAAGUCUGUUCUGAGCUCGUGGAUUGCUCGAGCCAGUUACGGCGUCAUUGUGCAGGAAGUUUAUAUGCCUGCGCAGCACUUUGACGAAGACAUUCGACAGGACCCAUGGGAUCCGAAUAUAAAGUGGGCGACUAACCAAAUUCAGUGGUUGAUAAAAAAGGGAGAUACUGUGAAUCCCGACUCCCCAGUAAAUAAGCUCUUCGAGAUCAGACUGAAAGACGGCGAUACAACACGAGCUUGGGACGCAGAAAUAGUCGUAUCCAACAAUGAGCGGCAAUGGCUCCCUCGAAGUCUCAAACAGGCCGGUGUGAUGAAGCUUUGCUCAGUAAAGAGUAACCUUGCUGGUAUAGAACAGCAUCAACUUGUUCUUAAAGAGAAACGAGGUACCUGUUUUCGCCGUGGACAUAAGUUCUACAUCUGUAGAUUCGACAUUCGAGUUAUUGUGGCACCCGUCGACUUGAGAUUUGAGUUGUGGCUCGGAUCGAAGAAGUUCUCCGGCAACCACCAGCCCAUCUCAGUUCAAUGGGAUGCUGCUAAGAAGUAA